UUAGUAGUCGACUCUUGUUCCGUUCACACAAGCUCUCGUCUCACUUGGCUGUUUUUGCCCACUUUCAAAACUUUCGCCCUAGUAAAACCAAAACCAAAACCAAAACAACAACAACAACAACAAAAAAUUGAACUUGAGUUUGGAAAGAAAGAUUUGAAUAAGAUUUGUCAAAGUUAACAUUUUUAGACUUAGUGCAGUGAAGCGGAAAGGAUCAGUGAGCGAACUUCGCCAGUGGUAGCCUUUUGAUUUUUGAACUCUAAUAAUCAAGCCAAAUUUUUCAUUGGACUCGAAACGACUUACCAUCUGCCGGCCGAGAAGUCGAAAGCGAAAUGGUAGCACGUGCAAAUCACCAAUCAUGAACUUGAUAUCCUUAAAAACCGUACGACGCUGAACGUAAGAUGCGAUAUGCCUAUUAGUUUUCGACUAGAGUGACUGCUUUAGAAUCGAAAACACCCCACGCCUCGAUUUGCGUCCAUCAAAGCAUUCGACUUGAACUUGAAUUGAACAACGGUAGUAUUUGCGGACCGGAAGGUGGACACAUCCGUUAGGCGUUGUUCUGUGACAUUUGCUAAAGCAGCGCCGAAAUAUCGGAUCGGCAAAUCGGCGGAGCUGCAAAAAAAAAAAAAAAAAAAAAAAAUGGCGCUGAAAAGCUACGAAAUCAUUGUGCUGGCCGUUUCUUUACUAACAGCCACCAAUGCCGUGACGGCCAAAAGCACCAAUAGCAACGGAAGCGGGGGCAGUAGCAGCAGCAUCACCGGCGGCGGUGGCAACAGCGGUUUUCUGCACAUGUUUGCGGCUCAACAAAAUCCUACUGAUCCGUGUUACGAAGAGAUUCCAAUCGGCCUGGCCAAUCAGGCGGGUGCGGGCGCCGUCGGAGGGGCCACAUCCGGCGCUUCGACGGCCGUUUCCGGCAGCGGCACGAUGCUGCGCUCGCGACGCUGCGUACCGGACUUCGUCAACGCCGCUUUCGGGAAAGAGGUGGUGGCCACGUCGACGUGCGGCAACCCUCCGUCGCGCCACUGCUACACCAACACGGACGAGAAAGGCGAACUGGCUCGCAUGUGCAGCGUGUGCGAUGCGAGCAAUGCCCGCCGACGCCACCCGUCCACCUAUCUAACCGAUUUGCACAACGUCAACAACAUGACGUGUUGGCAGUCGGAACCGUUGUUCUCGCCGCUUCCUUCGUCGCCAUCGUCGGCCUCUUCGUCUCAGCCAAUGCUGCCGUCGUCUGGCAGCUCCGUGCUGACGGAGAACAACGUGACGCUGACGCUCUCCCUGGGUAAAAAGUACGAAUUGACGUACAUCAGUCUGCAAUUCUGCGGCCGCAAGCCCGACAGUUUGGCCAUUUACAAGAGUAUGGACUUUGGGAAAACCUGGCAAGCGUUCCAGUAUUAUUCGUCGCAAUGCCGCAAAUUGUACGGCAGGCCGAACCGGGCCAUCAUCACCAAAGCCAACGAACAGGAAGCGCUCUGCACCGACGCCCAUUCGCUACUCGACCCGUUGUCCGGCUCUCGAAUCGCCUUCAGCACGAUGGAAGGCAGGCCUAGCGCUUUCGAUUUCGAGAACAGCCCGGUGCUUCAAGAUUGGGUGACGGCGACGGACGUCCGCGUCGUCUUCCACCGUUUCCACCCGUACGGCGAGGAACAGCAGCGGACCGGUGGUGGCGGCAGCGCGGAGAACAACGACUCGAACGCGGCCGUCUCUGUCCGCGACUACUCCUUCUACGCUGCAGCUGACUUCGCCGUUGGCGGACGCUGUAAAUGCAACGGGCACGCCUCAAGGUGCGUCCAGGGACGAGACGGACUUCUUGGCUGCGACUGCCGUCAUAAUACAGCUGGGCGCGAUUGCGAAAAAUGCAAACCUUUCCAUUUUGAUCGGCCCUGGGGACGAGCGACCGCCAAAGAGGCCAACGAAUGCAAAGCAUGUAACUGCAACUUACACGCGCGAAGAUGUCGUUUCAAUAUGGAGUUAUUCAAAUUAUCUGGCCGCAUAAGUGGAGGAGUGUGUCUUAAAUGCCGACACAACACGGCAGGGAGGUAUUGCCACUACUGUAAAGAAGGCUAUUACCGAGAUCCAGCCAAGCCUAUUACCCACCGCAAAGCUUGCAAAGAAUGCGAAUGUCAUCCAGUUGGAGCAUCGGGCCGGACUUGUAAUCAAACAACUGGGCAAUGUCCUUGCAAAGAUGGCGUCACCGGAAUCACAUGCAACCGUUGUGCUAAAGGAUACCAACAAAGUCGAUCACCCAUAGCUCCUUGCAUCAGAAUCCCCAAAUCUUCACUAAAUCCAGCACCCACUUCAGUGGAAUCAACCUCUAAUUCUAAUUCAGAGAAUUGCGGCCCUUGCCCAGCGGAUAAUCGACGACUAAAUCUCAAGAAAUACUGCAAACGCGAUUACGCAUUGCUGGCUACGAUCACGGCACGAGAAACAGCUGGAGAAUGGGUAAAGUUUACAAUGAACGUUCAAACGAUUUUCAAGAAAACAAGAGACAAUCGCGUGCGACGUGGACUUACUUACUUCUGGGUCCGUAUGUCCGAUCUAGCUUGUAAAUGCCCAAAGAUAAAGAUCAACAAGUCUUACUUAAUUUUGGGAGGCUCUGAGGACACUAAGUAUGGGCGACCAGGCAUCGAACUUAACACCCGAUCAAUCGUCAUUGAAUGGAAGGCAGAAUGGAUCAGUCGAAUGAGACGAUUUGAACGACGUGCUUCUCGAAAAUGCAAAUGAACACUAUUGUAAGUUAGUAAUUACUACCAAUUGGCUGACCAAUUAUUAUUAUUUUUUCAUUUCCCAAGAGUUCUUGUGAAGUUUUCCUUUGUUCCAUUAACACAUACAUGACUAUAGAUCCGUGUAUAAGUUUUAACGAUUAUCUGUAUUCCUUCUGCUAUUUGUAAUGUUCGUUUAGCUCACCAAACAAAAAGCUUACUCAGUCAAGACGUUAUUGAAACGCAUCGGCAAAAUUAAUAAAAUCUUGGCCAAUGAAGUUAAGGGACUAGAAUUUUCAUACAGCGCUGUACGAAGCCAAUCCUGUUUCUAUAACGAUACCCUCGCCCCAACGCUGAAUGCGAUAGCCAGAUUAGUAACUUUGCCCUGGUAUGGGUUGGGAUGGCACUUCGCGAGACUUCUUUGCAUGAACAUAAUUUUUUUGGUGUUUGUAGCAAGUUCCUACUUUCAAUAUUGUACUUGUACUUUGUGGUGGUGCAAAAGUUUUGAAAAAAAAAAAAAAUUGUCCGCUUUGAAUUCUGCUGAAGCCAUUUCGUUUUUUCCGCACAUUUUUACAAGUUCGAUAGGCGUUUUAAUCACUCUUUUCAACAGCCCAAACUUGUCCUGUACAUUAAGUUUCACUUCAUUGCAGCAACAUGCUCUAUUUUAAAUGUUCGAUGUACAUUAUUUUCUUCUACAUGCUAUGCAUUACAAAAAUCAGUGUUUCAACUAACUUCCACUGUAGUAUUCGUAAUGGUAUUUCCGAGUGGCCAAUUCCCAACAUUUGUCUUGAUUUAUGUUUGUGAUAAUUGUAGUGUACUAUUUUGUGUCAAUACAAGUACGUCACUUAAACGUAA